UGUCACAUGACCAGGAAGAAACACAUCACCCAGUGCAGUAUCAGCUCUAGGGAACAAAGCAGAAAGAAAUAACCAAAAACACUGAGAGAAACUAAGGAUAAUUUUGAUACUAUACUUCAACAAAAAGGCAAAGACAAAACAUGGAUUGGCUAAGUGUACCCACCAAUACUGUUGCUAGUAACAAUGACACUAACCUUGCACUCGGUUUCACUUCUGCUGCCGUAUCAGUUAUUUUAUUUGGUUCCAACUUUGUUCCAGUGAAGAAGUUUGAUACUGGAGAUGGCAUGUUCUUCCAGUGGAUUUUAUGUGCAUCCAUAUGGUUAGUUUCAUUAGUGGUUAAUCUUAUUCUUCGCUGUCCCAAAUUUUGGCCUCUGGCUAUGGUAGGAGGCUGUGUAUGGGCUACAGGGAAUAUAACAGUUGUUCCAAUUGUCAAAACUGUUGGUCUUGGGCUUGGUCUCCUUAUUUGGGCUUCAACCAAUCUCUUGACUGGCUGGGCAAGUUCAAGGUUUGGCUUGUUUGGAAUAGAUGCUGAAGUCGUUGCAAGACCAUAUUUAAAUUAUACAGGAGCAGGACUUUCAGCAUUAAGUGCAGUGAUUUUUCUAUUUGUGAAAUCAGAAGUUAAAAGUAUCUCAUCAAACGCAGAAGCAGAAACCACCCCUCUUCUAAAUGGUAGCAUAAAUAGAGGAGAAAACACUGCAACUGACGAAUCAUGGGUAGAUAAACUGACACCUCUUCAGAAGCGCAUUGUAGGCUCUGUGAUGGCAGCUGGAGCAGGAAUUCUGUAUGGCUCCUGUUUUAUUCCAGUUCUCUAUAUCAAGGACCAUAGCAAAAACAAUGCAAGCGUAUAUGCAGGAGCAAGUCAGUUUGAUUUAGACUACGUCUUUGCACACUUCAGUGGCAUUUUCCUCACUAGCACAGUAUAUUUUCUGAUCUAUUGUGCAGUAAUGAAAAAUCAACCAAAAGUUUACCCAGAAGCAAUAUUGCCUGGCUUUAUCUCUGGAUUUCUCUGGGCAAUAGCCAAUUGUUGCUGGUUUCUGGCUAAUAAUUACCUGAGUGCUGUGGUCAGCUUUCCAAUAAUCACGGCAGGACCUGGAUUAAUCGCUGCAAUGUGGGGAGUUUUAGUUUUCAAAGAAAUAAAGGGGCUGCGAAACUACUUGUUGCUUGGACUGGCAUUUUGCAUUGUUUUGUCUGGUUCUCUCUUAACGGCCUUUUCUAAAAUAUAAAUAUUUUCCAAACGACGGAGCUGUUGCGUUUUAACCUGUUUUUCACUGUGACUCUUUUAAUCAAACGUGAUAUUUUAUAUCACAUCUUUUUUUCUUCAUUUUUAGAAGAAAUUAACUUUGUAUUAUUAAAUACGAGCAACAAAAAGACAUUGAAGACAUGGGCAUUACACAUUUUUCAGCGUCCUUAGGAUUUAAUAUAACACUGUUUUUUUUAAUAAACCUACUUUUGUUUCCACUAAGCUUCUAAUUAUUUGUCAAGAGGAACGUUCCAUUUAGUACAAUUUACAUAAGUCUCAAUGCAAAGUACAAAAAAUAUAUAAUUAUCCUAUCUCUAA